AUGCUUUCGUGUUUGAAAGGUGCAUGUUGCUUGCGGUUUUUGCAAGGCACAACUUAUCCAGAUGUUAUCGUGUCUCAUCGACCUGAAGUUACACUGGAUACAUCACGAAUGGGCCAAGAUGUCGUCGUAGUCAAAAAUGGACGACGUCUAUGUGGCACUGGUGCCGCUGUUGCUAAUGCGCCAAUCGUACAGAACAAAGCAUAUUUUGAAGUUAAAUUACAAACUCAAGGUAAUUGGGGUAUAGGCUUAGCAACUCGACGAGUAAAUUUAUCAAAAGUCCCAUUAGGAUAUGAUGGUGAAGCAUGGAUUAUGGAUCAGUAUGGUCAAGUUAAACAUGAAAAUAAAGUAUUGAGCCAAUUCAGAACUAAUAUAGAAGAAGGUGAUGUUGUGGGUUUCGCAUAUGAUCAUGAUACAUUUCGCAUUUUUGUGAAUGGAACCGAACAAGAACCAUCGUGUCGUGUAACAAUACGUGGUACUAUUUUCCCUAUUUUCUACGUUGAUGAAGGAGCAAUACUUGAUAUUCAAUUUUCAACAUUUUAUUUUCCUCCACCGGAAGGCUACGAUCGUAUCCUAUUAGAAAAAUCACUCAUAUAA